AUCCCAAUGUAGGAGAACCAGCAGAGGCAAAGAACUAAUGGGUAGGCUUCUUAUUCUUAUUUUUCCAAAGGUCAGAAACGCCCUGUUGCUCGCCCAUUUCAUUGUUUCAGUGCCGGUAUGCAUUUGCUGGGAUGCCCGGGAACCAUGGGAAUACCACUACCCAACUGCGUUUGGGAACCAAUAUGUUGAAGACAUUUUACUUGUCCGACUGAGGGACUAUAUUCUGGGUGGCAAAAGACAAAUGGUAAAGAAUUAAUAAUAAAAGACUUUCCUGUGAAAGCACACCGUAUGCCGACUCCUGAUCCUCAGUUUUUCAGCUAGCAUCUUCCCGAGUCGGAUGGCUCUGAAUGACAAGAUGCAGUAAUGGAAGUCCACGCACCAUUCAGCACUGUAGCCAUGAAGCAGCUCAAAGGGUAGGGUCUGCUGUGAGUUCGCCUCACCUUACCCGACCACCCACCCAUCAGCUCCACCUGAGAGCCUACGUCCUACGUUGAAGCAUAAACCUGCAGCUUGCCUAAUCUCCCCAACCCUCCCACCACCUCCUCCACCACGGCUUUGGAAGACAAACAUGACGUGCAUUGCGAAGACACUGGUUGAUGUCUGAUAUAUAUACCUCUGAGGUGUCGAGCAUAAAACCAGUGGAGCAAUGAAUGGCGGAAAGGACUGUGAGGCGGGAGAGGAGAGGCAGGCCGUCCCUGUCCAGGUCCCCAUUGGCUGGCAGCGAAAGGCGGAGCACGGCGGUGGGGUCGUAUACAAAAGUCCCAGUGGCUCGGUGCUGUCCAGCUUGGAGCAGGUGAAGACCUACCUGCUGACAGAUGGAACCUGCAAAUGUGGCCUGGAGUGCCCACUCAUCCUCCACAAGGUGUUCAACUUCGACCCAGGGGCAGUUGUCAAGCAGAGGACAGCGGAGGAUGUGAAAGCAGAUGAAGACGUCACCAAACUCUGCAUUCACAAGAGGAAGCUUCUGGCUGUGGCCACGCUGCACAAAAGCAUGGAGACGCACCCACCUCUUACACUGACUAGUCCGGGGGGAGGUACAUCAUCUGUGGUCGCUGCGAAUUCCACGACUCAACGAGCAAUAAGGACUAAACCCCACGAUAGCCUGCCCAAUGCUGUUGGCCCAGACUGCAAGAAUCCUUUCAAGAUGAUGAUGGCAGCUGGACAACAGCAGCAGCAGAGGCUGUAUCCACCCCAAGAGAUGGGUGGAGCCUUGCAGCCAGAGCUCUACUCUGGGUACUCCAGGCCGCAGAGGAUGGGCAGUGGGGAGCCAGGCCCCAAAUCCCCUUAUCGGGUUGGGUAUGGAGGCAUACUGAGCCCACCUCCCUCCAGUGCUAAGCUGUAUGGAGAUGGCUCACAGUCCCCCAGUGCAGACACUCUAGGCAGCCCUGAGGGCUUCCCAAGGACCAAUCCUUGUGGGUUUUCAGGAGCCGGCAGUCCUGGCUCAGCCUCCAUCCACGGGAACACUAGGACACCUCUUUCCCCACCCAGUGUAAUGCUCCAUGGCUCCCCUGCGGGCCAGCUAUCCUGCGCCAUGACAGGGAGGACUAGCACACCCCUCUCUCCGACGGCCACUGCCAAAAGCCCUGUCAUGAACAUGAACAUGCCACGGGGGAACUUCCCCCCUGGUAUGGAUAUGCCCCGUGCAGCGUUUCACCAUAAAACACAGCCCCCUGUGCAUCCCGUACCGCCUCCUCCAUCCAUACCGCCAUCCUGUGCCCUUCAGAAAAGGCAGUUGACCUCUGAAAAAGACCCCUUAGGCAUCUUGGACCCCAUCCCCAGCAAGCUAGUCAGCCAGCCCCACGCCAACGCCCCAAACCCCUCCAACUUCCAGCCUAACAUCCACUCUCAGGUACCAAUGAUGAAUGUAAACAUACCCCCUCCCGCCAUCGUUCCCUUGCCAAGCAACUUACCUUUACCCACAGUGAAGCCUGGGCCUGUGGGACAUGGUGGCCAUGUUCAAAGGACUCAACAGGGUGGUCCGGCUUCCUCAAUGUCCCCCUCCCCUGUCACUUCCCCUGUCCACAUGGCCGGGCCUGCCCUUGGGAGAAUGGAGGCCUCCCCUCAUCGCUCACGCUCAUCCUCCACCUCCUCUGACCAUGGGAACUUUGCAAUGCCUUCGGGGCACCAGGCCCCAUGUGGCACCAUGAAGGUCCCUCCUCGUUCUCCCAGGUCGGCUAUGGGAUCUCCCAGGCCAGCCAUGCCCUCCAGCCCCUCCACCAACAAAACCGACCCACUCCACCAGUACAAAGACUCCCAGCUGCUGCCUGGGAUGGGAAACUCGAUUAGCACCCAGCAGCACAGCAACCCCAUGUACUCACCCACCUCUUCCUCCUCAUCAUCCUCUUCUCUGGCACCCCCCAGCGCUUCCCAGAAGGGCCACCCAGGACUCCUGGGGAUGCCCCUCAACCAGAUCCUUAACCAACAGAAUGCCGCUUCCUUCCCCGCCAGCAGUCUCUUGUCAGCCGCAGCCAAAGCACAGCUAGCAAAUCAAAACAAACUCAACGCUGCUGGCAACAGCUCUGCUGGCAUGGCUGGUGGUGGUGUUGGUAUGGCAGGCAUGGGGGCAGGUGGAGGAGGUAAUGGAGGAGGUGGCGGGCACCCUGGCUCUAUGAGCGGCCCUCGAGGCAUGGAGGGACACAGCACUUUAAACCCAAUGCUCCCGCCAAACUCCACCAUGCUGCUCAACACUCCUGAGGGCCAAAGUGGCCGGGCAGCUCUUAGAGACAAGCUCAUGGCCCAGCAGAGGGAUCCCAUGCGCAAACGGAGGCAGUCGUCAGGCAGCGCUGUUGUAAACCACGACAACAGUAACAAUAUGGUCUACAACAUGCUUAACAAACGAGGCAUGGGAGGUCCCCACAUGCCAGGGCCCAGUGCCACUGAGCAGCUGCGAAAAGUGGGCCGACUUGGAAACCUUCCCCCGAACACCUCCAUGGCCCAGCUUCUCCAGUCCAUGAGCUGCCAGAGCUCCCACAGCCUGGCUGGGAACAGCCAUCGUCCAGGUCUUAGCCCUGGCCCAGGGUCUGGUACUCAAGGAGCUGCACAGCUACACUACAACGACAGCACAGGUAUGGUCCCUGGUGGCCCUCAGCAAAACCUCCUAGCUCAGCAGAGGCUGCGGGGCCCAGGAGAUGCCAUGCAGCAUUGCCAGAACAUUGACACCUCUGGGGGCCAUCUGGGCUCUCGUCCAGGCCAGUUCCCUGACAUGAUGGCCCAGAUGCAGGCCUCCUCCAUGAGUAACUGUGGGCCUAUGGGGCCAGGAGGUGGACCGGUGGGCCCUGAUGGCAUGCCGCUGGGACGCCCCAACACUAACCCCCCACCACUGUCCCAUCCUGGCCCACACCCCUCACAGCAGAACCUCCUUCACAGUAUGGGGCGGACUAACAUGGUGGUGAUGUCACAUGGAGGUGGUGAUGCAAGUUGUACACAGACCAUCUCUGAAACAGGAAACCCCUCAUCCCUUGGCUGUGGUAUGGGCAGCCUGCAGCCACACGUCAACACUGGUGGAGGCCAGAUGUACCAGCAGCAGGUCCACCAGGGCAUGCAGCAGGGGGUGGCCUCCCACCCAGCCUACCAGGGACAGCAGCACUUCUCUGACAACCCACCCUACACAGACAACAACAACACUAAUGCUGGCUCCAUGGCCUGCCUCUACCAGAACUACCAGCAGGGGAUGUUGUCACACCCACAGUUUGGGGAGGGGCAACAGCCCCAGGGCGAGGGGCUUCCAGCGGGUACACCUGGCUCUGACAGGGGCCCCGGCGGAGGCCCAGAGUCGGUGGACGCCAUCUACAGAGCCGUGGUGGACGCCGCCAGCAAGGGCAUGCAUGUUACCAUAACCACCACAGUGAGCGGGACCACACAGGCAAGUCCGGUGCCUGCCCUCAGCGCCAUGAGUGCCUUCACUGCCUCUAUAGGGGAGCCCGUCAACCUCCCCAAAGCAGUUAGCACAGUCCUGCACGGGCAUCUGGAAGGGGAGGCGUUACCCCAGCAAGCCAGACCGAGGCAGGUGAGGCUGGGACGGGGUCAGAAGAACAUGGAUCCAGGGAAGAGCACUCCAGACGGCCCAGAGGCCAACGACUACUUCCGUUCCCCUGGCCGUGGGACCCCCAGGGGGCAGUGGGAUGGGGAGACGCAACACGGAGGAGGCUUCGACGCUCACAGCAACAACAGCGCCUGGGGGGGUGAGGAGUUUCUGGAGUGCUCUACCCAAGUGAGGAGUAGUCCCUGCAUGGAGCGACCCGCCAGCCUGGCCCCCGCCCCACCCUGCCCCACUGAGGGGUCCAACGACCAUGGCCUGUCCAUGGCCCACGAUAAGGCCUUUCUCGAUGAUGGCUAUCGCUUCAACAACUGCAGCCGGACACCUGCUAACUACAAGGAGCGUCUGGAGCAGAUGGUGGAACGCUGCGCCCACAUCAACGGCGCCACCCCCCACUUCAACACCCGGGGUUACGGAGAAGUCCUGGGCCCCCCGCGGCAGGAGCUGACGGGGGACGACCAGUCGCCCAGCUCCUCCACUAGCCUUGAGGGGCCUCUGGCCACAGCCAAAGACUAUAGUCACUACAACGGCCACUUCAACGGUAUGGCUCCCAGCCCCUCGGACACAAAGAGCCUGAGCAGCGAGGAGGACCUGCGGCAGCCGGACUCUCCCUCCUCAGAGCUGCUUCAUUACAGGUCCAGGACCUUCAACAUGGGAGAGCUGGUCUGGGGCCAGCUGAAGGGCUUCCCACCCUGGCCUGCCAAGCUGGCUGGGGACGAACAAGUGCACAGCGCUGCUAUGCAGCUGCGGGAGCAGGCCAAGGUAGAGCCAGAGAAGCUAAAAACACUAACUCACGACUUAGAGGCACUUGACCGAGCUGCCAAAAGAGGCCGAAAACCGGGGAAACUGAAUAAUCACUUGGAAGCUGCUAUCCAUGAGGCCAUGAGUGAGCUGGAUAAAAUGUCGGGCACAAUCCCCUCGAGGGAUCGUCAGGUGAAGCUCCCCAAGCCUAAGAGGAGGAAGAUAUCCAGAUAACAUUGAAUGUGUCGGCCCAAGAACGUCCUCAAAGCCUUCGGAAACUUCGUCCGUUCAGCCUUGAUGCGAUCUGAGCUCUCUAACAGGUGCUACACAUGGACUUUCAGUGGUACAUCGAUGUUCCAUGAUAUCGACUUGACUUAAUGACUGACCACAAAAGGUGCUGGAAAUUCCAAUCACCAAUACAGUUUUAACUGUAGGAACAAAAAAGAAAAAAUUGAGAAAACGUCAAAAACGGUUGCAAUUUGUCUACAGCUCACUGAAUUAACUAUUUUUUUCUAGUAUAAGAUAGUAAAACAAACAAAAAAAAGCUACAAGCAUUACCUUACAUAUUUAAGAAAAAUAGACAGUCCAAAUAUUUCUGAUACAUUUUCAAUAUGUAUAUAGAUAAUCCUGAAAUUUCAUGCUAUUAAGAAUUGUAUGUAAAUAUUGUACAAUGUCAUGUACAAGCAUACCUAAUGCACAUUUUAUCUUUUAUUGUACAAAAACAAAGCAGAAGUGUACCAAUGUCUUGGUUUCUAUUCAGAAAUGCGGUUGCAUACGGCCGCAUGCAUAGGAUAAAUAAGAAUACAUCCUAAAGCUUUUAUAUGAUGAACUGUAAGACGUGCUGUUUUUUUUGUUUGUUUUUUUUUGUAAGGGAACAGCAGCAGAACAGGCAUGAGUAUAUGAGUUCUCCAUUACAGAAGUCACUUCACACCAGUUAAGUGUUAAUUUGUUGUGGGAAAAAAAAGAUUUUAAAAAAACCAGAAUGAACUUUACCAGCAGAAAGUGUUCAGUGUUCCCCUAAGCAGGCGGGAAAUGACCACCGGCCGGACAAGUGUUGGUAAAUCUUCAUCUGCAUUUCACCAGUCACUUUGACAGGAAAAUCAUGAUAUUUGGAGAUCCAGCUUUGUGCUAAAAAGUCUGGUUGGCAGGUGAUUUUUUUUUGGGGGGGGGUUACCAAUCAUCGUAACUGGCAGACAAAGUUGGUUACCUGCCGUUUUUAGAAGGAAAAAUCCACCCUCGGGCACUUUUACCUUUACUCUUGCAUUCUGGUCUGUUUCCUGCUUCUUUGGAUGUAGAAAUUGGUGUCAGUACCUCAUCUAUGGUUUUCCUCUUUUAUUAUAGUUUAAGGCCACACUCUUUCAAAGACUUGAUAACAAAAUGUUUUUUUUUUAGUUUGAAGUCACAAAAACUGAAGCUGGAAAUACUGUAACUUAACAUGGCGUCAUGUUAACAUUUGGCAAGUUAUAAAACAUUGAAAAUGAAGUGAACACUGAAUGCAACUACUAAGAGUGUUUUUGGGUGGAUUUUUCCUUCAACUACAACCAAGAAUCACAGGCUGCAUUGAUGAAUUAUGUCAUUUGGUUGUUGUGAUUAUGUUCUCGUGCUCGUUUGUACAGUGAUUUUUCCAUGACUGUAGUCGUUUUUGCCACAACUAUAGCUUUAGGUAGAGUAACCAACCUCAGAGGCAGAGUCUAGAUUAUCAUGAGGAACACUAACUCAGUUUUCAAGAGCAGUGAAAGCAUUUCUCGCAUUUAGGGGCCUUGUGUUUUACUUUGUUUUUGUUUUUCUUAUUGAUGUAAAUUAUUUAUGUACAGUACUCCAUAUUUAUUUUAAGCUUUACAAAUAUGCUAGAUGGCAAUAAUACUACCAAGAGUUGAGAACUCAAGCCUUAUAUGUGUAUAUGUAUGUUUUUUGUUUCUGUUUUUUCAACAGUGAAUAGAUCAUGUAUUCAGAAGUCCAUUACAGAGGUCAUGUUCCCUUUUUAUUUAAGAAGUGACCAUUACAGAUAACACUUUUUUUUUUUUUUUUUUACAGUGAGGCUUUCUGGUCUACUUGUUUUUGUUACAGAUUGUGUCAUGGAUUUCUUAGUUAAAGGAAAAAAAUGUAGUAACGUCUGCUUACAAGACCAUACUAUUUAUGAAUGUGCAAAUCCGAAAAGGCAGACAGCAUUUAUGUUGCUAAUAAAUGCAGUUUUAACACUACUAGCUAUGAAAGUUUGAAGCCGCAAAGUAAAAUCAUCACUUGAUCAGUCUUAAAAUCGACAGUGAUGCACAGUAUUGGGAACUCUGGAUCAACUCGUGUGAAACAGAGGUGAAACACACGCAUGCACACAGCUGCUCCUCCAGAUCAAAACCAACCAACAACACCCUGAAAUCACUACAGAAUUAUCAAGUGCAAUAUACCAAUCAAUGGCAAAGAUCAACUGCUUAGAAACACUACAUCUCUGAUUGUUUGAAAACCUUUUCUUUUGUAGACACCGUCAACAACUUGGACUGUAAUUUGUUGCCUGUUUUCAAAAUGUCAACAUCUCCACUGACGUGCACAUGCUCAAAAAAAUAACUUUGUGUUUUAUAGGUAACAGUAUUCAUCGUUUUCAGAUGUCAUAACCUAAGAACCAUGAAGUAGUAAUUUAUUUGUAGCGUUACGUUUUACAUACAACGGUUACUCCCAGGCGCAAAUUUCAUUUUAAUUUAAUUUGUACUGAGGUAAUCCACCCUUAUUAAAAUAUCUGAUGCACACACUAAACCUCUAGAUAUAAAGUUUUACUAAAAUGCCAUUAGUGUAACUUUUCAGUCAAAAUGAUCUGCAUCUAUAGCAAGAAACCCAACUAUUACAAAUGUUUCUGAUGAUAACCUUAAAACCAAAUAAUACACUACUUUUGUAAAGAGAUUCUUUUCUUUCUCACUCAGUAAAACAUGAAAACACUACCAUUAAAACAUAUCCAUAACUUUUGGAUGUGCACGCAAGUUUUAUAACGCCAGAGGAGGCGAGGAGUCCCACAACUUGUACUUAGUUUUAUGUACUUAGUCUAUAUCCUAAACGAGGAGCCUCAAAGUCAAACUAUGAAUUACAGCCAAGUAAACGAUUUCAACAGAUCUUAUUUUUGUUCAUGUGUACACACUUUUAAAAACCUUAAACUUAAGUUGUACUGUAUUUUCUAAUGAGAUCUCACUUAUUUGAAAACAUUUCUCACCUUUUUUGUCGUGUGCACACUGAAAAACUCAGGACAUUUUGAAAACCCCCUGAAUUUGUAACAACAAAGCCUUGUGACGUCACAAAAUAUCAGUAUUUAAAGAUAAAUAUCAGACAUUGUUAUCAGCUUUUAAACACAUCCAUAGGGUGCAUCCUUAUGUCCAACCUGUUUGAGGACACAAUUUCCCCAAAACUUUCAAGUCACCUUUAUGGCAACGCAGGCAGUACCUGUGUUAAAAUAUCUACUUAAAAACCUGGAAAAGCUAAAGAACUUGUUUUAAAAUAUCCAUCGUUUUCAAAAUGGCCCUAUUUUUUCAGUGUCCACACUUUUAAGAACCUCAGAGUUGAGUUUUUACUGUAAUCUGUGGCAAGGAAAUCCUCCGGCCGUUUUCAAAAUGUGACGUUCGGUGUCGAGAACACAUGAGCUCUUUCGGUAAAGUUCAUUCUGCCCCCCCCGCCCUGUUUUUUGUGCAAUGACAUGCAGGAACCCGGUCUCAUGUUGGGAACCCAUGUGUUAUGGAUCUGUUAUCAGUUUCAUGUUAUUUGUGGUCAAGAGUUCAAAGCAUCUUUGUGUUUUGAGAUGGUCUGUGCAGUCUAUUUUUUUCCUCCUCCCGCCUGUGAUUGUGUGUGUGUGUGUGUGUGUGUGUGUGUGUGUUGAGGCGUGAGUGUGAUUUUUAAUUUUUUCUUUCUUUUUUUUUUCUUCUGGUGAACUUGUUUGUUUUCUGCUCUUUGAAUCUCAUUUCCCACCCUUUCGUUGUCAGUAUUUUAUUUUUUCAACUUGUAAUUAAGUAUAUAUUUUCUCACUAAUAUAUACUUUACAAAAAAUAGACUUGCGUGAAGUAUGAUGUGCACUUGAUUGCUCUUGUUUCUUUUUCUUUUUGAUUUAAUGUGGGCUAGGGAUAGUUUGUCAGAGUCCAUUAUUUUGAGAUUGUUUGGACUUUUUUUAAUGGUUUGAUGUAAGCAGCAUUUUUUUGUAAAUAUUGUGAAACAUUACAGGUCAUGCAGUGAUGUAACAUUUUGAACAAUGUUGCACAGAUGUUUAAGAUAUUAAAAACAUGGUCACUCUUACUUGAAUAA